CAGUUGCCAGAGAGUUGUGGAGCUGUCCACUACGCGGAACAAGUCUCAAUGUAAAAACCGAAAAGUGGGAAAGUAUCGUACGGAUUCCCGCAGCCAAUUUGUCAGUAAUUUGCUGUCAAAGACAAUCAACAACAAAAGUGAAAACACAAUUGCAAAUUGCCAAGUAAUUCCCCGUACAUUGUUGCAGACGUUACGAAAUUGCAUUCGCGCUGAUUGCUGAACUGCAGCCGCGAGGAAUCUCGUGCAGAGCCAGCGAAACUUCCUAUAAAUAGAUCCCUGCCCAAAGGGUAAAACAAAUUUUGACGUGUAUUCUCAAAUAAAAAACAAAAAAUAUUGAGAAAAGAACGAAAGAAAUUUGCAUAAUUGGGCUUUUGCCAUUUUUGAGUGCAGUGCUCGGAAAAUUCUCUAAUUUGAUGAGCUGACUGAAAAUUGAGGCAGAGCAAAAAACGCAUAUACCAAGACACCACCGACACAAACCGGCGCCCGCCUGUAUAUAGUGUAUCGAUAUAGAGCCAGACAUAGAUCCGGAAUCAGAAACACAUACCACCCCCACACGCAGACAGUUUCCCAGAGACACGUGAAGUGACGUAAAGUUAACCCGAUGGAUAAUUGGAAUGUUUUGGCAGCGCAAACAUCAGCCCAAGCUAUUGGACGCGAUGAUACGGUGGUAAAAACGCGACUGACCAUCGAGAAACUGCCCGACAAGGUGCUGCUGCACAUCUUCUCGUAUCUGUCGCACCGCGAGAUCUGUCGCCUGGCUCGGAUCUGUCGUCGCUGGCGCCAGAUUGCCUAUGAUACGCGCCUCUGGAAGAAUGUGUCCCUCAGGCCGGAGGUGUCGGGUCUACAUGUGGGCUCCCUGGAGAUGCUUCUCCAGCUGAUUUCGGUGAGAUUCGGGCCGACGCUGCGGUACAUCGAACUGCCCAUCGAGCUGAUCACUCACACGGUGCUCCACGAGCUGUCCGGCAAGUGCCCCAAUCUGACGCACAUGCUGCUGGACUUCUCCACGGCCAUGCAGCUCCACGAUUUCAGCGAGAUGCAGACCUUCCCCACAAAGCUGCGCUAUAUGUGCAUCUGCCUCUCGGAGGUUAUCUUCAUGGAGGGCUUCAUGCGAAAGAUAUACAACUUCAUCAAUGGCCUGGAGGUGCUCCACCUGAUUGGCAGCUACGAGAAGUGCGAGGAGGACGAGGAGGAGAUCUACGAGGUCAUCAAUGUGCACAAGCUCAAGUCGGCGACGCCCAAUCUGCGUGUGAUCAACCUGUACGGAAUCAACUUCAUCGACGACUCGCACAUCGAUGCCUUCAGCUCCAACUGCAUCCAGCUGGAGUGCCUGGCCGUCAACUUUUGCAACAAGGUCACGGGAUCCACCCUCAAGACGCUCAUCCAGCGAUCCAAACGUCUGACCUGCCUGCUCAUGAAUGGCACCAGCCUCAAGUCGGAGUUUGUGAUGCAGGCGGAGUGGGACAAGUGCGCCCUCCAGGAGCUGGAUAUCACGGCCACGGAUCUCUCGACUGAAUGCCUGGUGGACAUGCUGACGCGUAUACCCAGCCUGAAGUUCCUCUCCGCUGGACAGAUCAAUGGCUUCAACGACAGCGUGCUCAAGCUGUGGAUGGAGUCGGGAAAUACCAGACCUCUGAUUUCUCUGGACUUGGACUCCUCGGAUAACAUCACCGAUGAAGGCUUGCUGAAGUUCCUGCAGCGUCACGGACACCAGCUCAGUGCCUGCUGCCUCUCGGGCAUGCCACACAUCACGGAUCAGCUGUGGAUGAGCAUCCUGCCGCUGCUGGGCAACUGCAAAAUCGUUGUCAUGGGAACGGCGGAGAAGCUCGGCGUGAAUAUCCAUGUGGACCAGCUUAUGGACACCAUUGCCUCCAACUGCGGCAACCUGGAGCGUCUGGAGCUGCGCUGGGAUCCUGACAAUCUCCGCUUCUCCGACAAGAGCCAAAAGGCCAUCGAUAUUCUGCGCGUCAAGUGCCUCAAGCUGCGCUGCAUGGUCCUCAGCGAUGGCCGCUACUAUGAGACGGUCAAGGCCAACUUUGAGCGCGCCGAUCGCAUCACUGUAGUGCGUACCACCACCUGCUGCCGGGUGUCUCCUUAUCAUCUGCUGCGCAACUACAAUGAUUUGAUCUUUAACUAAGGUCCAGUGAAGAGGAGCUGAUACAUACAGUGCGUUUAACAAGAGUUCUCUCUCGAACUGUUUGCUUCUUCAAUGUUAAUUCUUUUUUGUCCUAGUCCUCGCUACCACCAUCCAUCCAUCUUAUAGCUCUAAAACGCACUGUACUGCAGUUUUUGUUUAAAUGUUACCUACCGGAUCCUUUGGGAAUACAGAUGGUAGAUGGAGAUGGAGA